GACGACGGUUUCGCUCCUGCGGCAAUUCUCGAGUUGGGUAACGCUUUACACAAUCACACACAGGACCUCUUCCUCAUCGUCGUUACCCCUGCCAGCAUGGAUUUCUUCUUUUGCCUGCCGAUUAUGAUUGGCUGUCCGACAAAAAUAAAGCCCGAUGGUGAUCAGUCACCUAGGAUUUGUCCCAGGUGUCAUAACGGUGCCAUGUUCGCAGCAAAGUCGCGCACCUGGUUUGAGUUCUGUUUCGUACCGCUGAUUCCCAUGAAAUCUCGCCAUGUUUGGAUGUGUGGCAUAUGCCAGUUGCAAGUGGCAAUGCAGCCUGGAUGGGAGCCGCCUGUCGCUCACCCCGGGUAUCAGCAUCCUGGCCAAACAGUUGGCGGUCCUGCCCCUAAUGGGUAUGGGUAUCAGCCGACCUACACUCAGCAGCAGAAGUAAAGCCGCGGAGCCACCAAAUCCACUUUCGUCAUGUACUCCUAUUGAUCCAUUCAGAGUUGUUGUACGUUGUACUAAGUAACCCCCCCAUGUUGCUUUUCCUUGGACUCGCUUAAUGUAGCCUGAACUACUAUGAUAAACGCUCGAUAAACACUAGAACAUGUAUUCUUUCACUGUUACGCUAUUUUCUUACAAAAUGCCUUUUCGAGCGUCGUUUAAGAUGCAAUACUACAGCUGUCACAAU